GUGAAUGAUUUGUAGUCACGGUGGUAAUAGUCUCAUAUUUGAGAGGUUUUCAUGUUCAGAGUCUGCACCUGAUACACUUAAAAGUCUUAACUGCAUUUUUUGUCUGAUAUCUGUUAUUUUCGACCAGUCCAUGGAGCAUAAUGUCCGUCAGCAAUAUGCAAACAAGUUUUUAAACUUUAUUGAGGUCUCCAAUCUUCGCUGUGAAACUACAAUCUGCAGUGAAAAGUUGCUCGACAAGUCUAUAAAUUCCAUUUUAAGGACUACUUCUACAGAACUUCUUGAGAAAGAUGAAUGCACUUUUACAGCUAGUCCUAAACUAAAGCUGAAGUAUUUGAGUUGCACAUACUAUCAAGUUAUUUCAAAUAUUGACAAAAGUCAGGACUACAUUUAUAACCUUAAGCUGUUUUGCAGUUUAUUGGACAAUCUAGCGGCUGCAAAUCCCGUGCUUCCAGACGUAAUCAAAAAUUAUAUUUUCGUAUUAAUUACUACCAUAUCUUAUUACCUGGAUUCAUCUUCAAUCUGUUACUUAAAUUGUCUUCUUAAACAUCUUCCAAGAAAGUGUUUUGAUUCAGUAAAAAUCAGUUUCCAGAAAGUUGCAGAGUUAAUCCUAAGAAAUAAGAGCAAGGACGUUGUGGAAACCGGGCUAGAUUGUUUGUUCAGAUUGUCUCUCUGCAAUCGAAGCUUUGUUGAUAUUUGCAAAUAUAAAGAGCUCCCGGUGGUUUUACGUGCUCUUUUAAAUUCUAACGAUGAUCAAAUUAAAGAAAUUACAUUUACAUUCAUUGAACUCCUGGUGAAUAAGUUUAAUGAUGAUGCAAUUAAAUUGGUUUGUACGUCUGGUGUUAUUGAACUCCUGUUUGAUAAUAUUUCUUUUAAAAACCCGUGUUUCAGAAACGUUUUAAAAUGCUUACAAAGAAUAGGUACAGAAGUAGAGCUGAUGUCUUCAAGUUUUGUACCACAUGGAAUUGGCCAAAUUGUAAAGGCCAUGGAUUCAAACCGUGACUACGAAAAUGAACUUUUGCCAAGGCUUGUGGAGAUUACAAAUGGUUUCAUAAUGUACUAUAAUGGCCCACUAGACCUUUUUAUAUGCCCAUCAAUUUUAGGAAAAUUUCUGGUGGCCAUUUCAGAUAUUAUGGAGGACUGCACAGUACAUUUGGGAAUAUUAGGAAUAACCUGUGUCGCUAAUAUCUUCAAGUAUGAAAGAGGGACAGCAGCUAUGCCGAUUAAGGAACUCGAAAAAUUUCUAAAUUUUGUCGAACAUUUUGCAAGAAAACAAAUUUAUAAUUUUAAACACCUUAAACAACCGAAUACCGAAUGUGUAAUCUCAAAUUCAGACAUGAAAAUAGAAGAAAAGUCCUUGUGUAUUUUAUUAUCAACUUUGCUGAGUUUGUUACGGGAAAUGCACACCUUCUUGUAUACGAAUAAAAGGAUCCCAAUAAAAGUUCCUGAAAUCAUUAUGGAAAUCGAAUAUUCUCUCACGUAUAUAUUUUUUUCUGUGGUGAUGAAUUUAGUUUCUCAAUUAUUGUCCAAAAAUGUUAUUGUGGAGGAUUUGUUAUCCGUGCUAAAGAUAACGACAAUGUAUGCUUAUGGUAUAUGCUCAGACAUUUCAGUGAAGGAGAUUACCAAUAUUUGUGGCAGGGUAUUUGAGCAGUUUCAGACCUUCAAAAACUGUAUUUCAAACUCUCUGAAAGACAAAAUUUGCAAAAGUUUCACUUUGCUUCUUCCACUGUUUUACAAGAUUUGCUUUUUGAUUAGUAAUGAGAACAUCAAAACAGCUUUAUGUUCAUCUGGCUGCCAUACAUUUAACGAUAAAAAGCGGGAUGUCAGUCUCAGUUUUUGCUCCACAUUUUUCUCGAGAGAAAUUUUGCUAGCUGUGAUGACAAUCAACUCCAGUAUAUUUAACAAUCUUAGUAUUCCGUAUCUAUCAGGGGGCAAACAUUUAGCUGACGUUCUAAAGAAAGAUGAAUUUAAAACUUGGAUUUCCACUUUAAUUCGUGGAUUUAAAUAUUUUAAGAGUGUAAAUUUUGAGUGUCUUGAAAAAUACAUGGAGUUAAGUAUACAAGGACAAGAAUUUAUUGAUAUUUCUGCCUCAGCAAUAUCCAUUAUAUGCGUUUUAAUCAAUCGUAAUAUCAAACAUAUUAAAACAUUGCAGUUCCCUGUGGUUGAAGGUGAAAAUCAUGAGGCAUUUAGGAAUUAUGUUAUUUUCUCAAGCAAAACUUUAAAGCGGAUAAUUCAGUUUCCCACUAAGGCAGGAGUCAACUUCUUUUUUCUGAUUUCGGUUUUAAUCACCGUAGAAUUUCUCAUCACAUAUAUGUGUUUGCCGAAAUUCUGGGAUUUUUUUGAUAAUUCCGUGAUCAUUGAUGAGUAUAAUAAAGGUUUAGAUAUUUUAUCUUUAGCACUAUUUGAUCGUCUACAGCCCGUACAUACUCUGGUUCUAUUGCGCACUCCACGAUUUUCUACUUACUUAGAAAAUUGCAGUCCCUGUUGGAUCAAAAUGGCCCAAAAAAUUAUACUACAGUGCCACAGUGAUGAACUAUUGAUUGAGGAACAAGCAUUUUCUCUACUUCCCACAACUUACAUCUUAUUAUCCAAUACUUGGACAGUAUGGUACAAUAGUUUGAUGAAAUUCGACAAUGCGGAUGUCCUUCAGCGUUUAGUUCUAACUUUCGAAAUACAAACACUUAGCUUAAAGGAAAAGGAUGGAUCGGUAGAAACUAGUUAUUCUUCUGUUCAGAGAAAACAGUUAGCACUUUAUAUUUGUGAUUGUCUCUCAGUACUGCCAAAUAACCUUCCGGGAUCGUUUCUAGACGUCUUCACUUCUCACUAUGAGCUGAAAUAUGCGUAUGUGAAAAUGUUAAAAAUAACCUUCUUGUUUCUACACGAAGUGUUCCUUCAUUCUCAGUUUGUUGUCAUGGUGGCACAACAAAUUAUUAGACUUUUAGCGAAUGAACGAUUCGAUCCUAAUUCUUCACUUCGAAAUGAUCUUCUCGAGAUCAUAUUACACAUUUUGAUGAAUUCUGAUAGUAAUACACAAGUACAAAGUUAGUUGACUAUAAAUUCUUUUUUUUCGCUAAAUACGGGAUUUUUGUCGAAUUUACUCUUGGUUUAGUUAAACCGUAUGAAAUAUGCGGAGCAGUAUUGAAUAAGACCUCAACCAACAUACUGUUUCUCGAGCUACUGAACGCUCAUACUAAAAAUAUAACAGCUUAAUAAAAGUGAUAGUUGAAGGUUGAAUUUUACUUCCCGUGCAUAACAUCAUAAGUAGUUUUAGUUAAGUUUUCUUGUUCGAGAUGGUUGGUUCAGUCAGGGAUCGAAACACUCCCAAAAUCAUCGACUGAGCUACCAAUCAUCAUCAUCUCGAAAUUAAACCGAGUACUAACCCCUUAAUCCUAAACUCUUAAAUCAUAAUUUCUUACGCUAACUUCAAAACCCUGAUUUUUAACCAUCUAACCUAAAAUUUAAUUGUAUUUUAAGCUAUAAUUCAUGCCAUCUUUUAAAUUUUUUAUUAGGAUUUACAUUAGAUAAAAUAUACGCUUUGACCAAUACUGUCUCAAGUCUCAUCACACUCACACCUGUUCAAAACGAACCAGUGUCUUUAGCAAGCUAACCAAUAAUACUUAUACGUCUACGUCUAAUGCAUCAAAAAGUAAUAUUUGAAUCAUAACCUACUGAACUAAUAAGAACGUUUAUGUUCUCCUAACAGCUAAAUGGACUCCACACAUGGCUGUGUAUUUUAUUCAUCGCUUGUCGAUAAAGAACUUCAUUACCUCAUCGGUUAUAAUUGAGAUAAGCAAAAUAUUUAUUACGGCUUACAGAGUCAGUACUAGGAACGAUCCUUUUGGAUAAAAUUGACAGUAUUAGUUUGACUUUAAGUACACAAUGUGAACUAAAAAUUCGGACCUUCAUCUUAUAGCGUUAGUAUUUGAUAAUUUUUUAGGUUCGCAUGAAGAUUUCAUCGUAAAGUGAUAUCGUCAAUAAUAAUCCUGUAGACAGUUCUCCUGAACUUUCAGCAGAAAGCAGUAACCGAUAAUGUAAGGGAUCUACUGGCACAUGAAUGGCAUAGAAUGUUGGUUCCACUGUAUCUUGGAUUAACUCAUGUUUGUGUGUGCGAACCAAUAGAUUCCAAUUUACUGGCCUAAUAGUCUUGGGUUUCAGUGACAACUGAAUCCAAUAGUUGUCGGCUGGUGGAAUGGUCUGAAACAUGAAAAAAGCUGUCUACUGAUACUUGAUUCUUACAGUUAUUGAGACCUUAUCAAGCCCUGGUAAAAACUAUCUUCUCUAGAAAGGAACGGAAUAUUCUUUUUAAAUGGUAACUCGUAUAAUACGGAUGAUUUGAAAAUUCUCUAACUACAAAAGUGAAAUUUUAUAGAACCUGCACGAUUCAUCCUACCUUGAUCAUCUCUGAUUUUUGUCAAAUUAAGAAUUUUGUUUAUCCAUCUAGUUGUAAAACUGCUAUGUUCAGAAAUCCAAACCUGGGAAAGUUGUAUUUUCCGCUUUUCGAAG